AUGUCAUCUGAGCCCAAACCGAAGAAACAGAAACUGGAUGCUAUUUUGCCAGCUCUGUUGGAUCAAAAGGAUGUUUGGAUCAACAGCAUCCUUCCAUUUGUGGGCAUGGGCCAGUAUGCUUUUGUAGGAACUGUCAACAAGAAGAUGAAUCACCUCUACAAGGAGUACUGUGAUUCUGUGGAGGACCCUCCAAUGGUACAGAAUCAUCAGAAUGGUACCAAAAUUCAAGCAACCAGCACAGUCACAACCUACAGUGCUGCUUUCUACAAUAAGUCCACAGCAGAAUUAUGGCUCAGUGAAAAUUCCGACACUAAAUUGCCUCAGCAUGACACAGUGUGCACAGCCAUUGCCAAGCAUGGAAACCUUAGAGUCAUUCAGUGGGCCUAUGAGAAAGGAUUUCCAUGGAAUAAAGACACAUGUGCUGCGACAGCCAAGGGUGGGCAUCUUGAUUUUUUUAAAUGGUUGCGUGAAAAUGGUUGCCCAUGGGACAUUGAUACUUGUGCUGCUGCAGCCAGGGGUGGGCAUCUUUAUGUAUUGAAAUGGUUGUGUGAAAAUGGUUGCCGGUGGGAUGCACAUACUAUUGAUUUUGCUGCUGAAGGUGGGCAUUUGGAGUUGUUGAAAUGGGCCCAUGAAAAUGGUUGCCCUUGGAGUGUACCCACUUGUGCAUAUGCUGCCCAAAGUGGUCAUUUGGAGUUGCUGAAGGCAGUGCAAAUGGCUGCCAUGGAAUGCAGCAACUUGUGA